AAGCCCCACAAAAAACUUUAAGCAAUAGUUAAUCUGUCGCUACAAUACACAAUUGGCGACUACGAAGCUGCCCAACGGCAUCGAAUUUCACCCAAGAGGAUUGGAAACUGAGAGUUAUCAGAAAUAUAUAGAAUAAACAAUCACCGCAAGACAGUGACCAACGACAGCGCCACAGAGGGGAUAGCGGACUACGCAAUAAACGAGAUAACGACCUUCCACCGCUCGUCGCUCCCCUCUUCCUGCUCACGUUCUACCCUCCCUCGGACAGUGCUUGCCACUUGCUGCUACUGCAGCGACAGCUUAGUGCGUCUCCGUCUAGUGGCUUGGUAACUCAAUUCGAGUGGCCGCCGCAGUGACGCGACAGCGAAAUGCCCCAGACGAGGGCUGCGGCCGCUGAGGCAGCGGCGGCGGGCACCGUCAAUGGCCAGCCGCUAGUGAAAAUCGGGCAUUAUCUGUUGGGCGCCACGCUCGGUACGGGCACCUUUGGUAAGGUAAAGAUCGGUGAGCAUCAGAUUACGCGCGUCAAGGUCGCCGUCAAGAUUCUUAACAGGCAGAAGAUCAAGAGCCUAGAUGUGGUGGGUAAGAUUCGGCGAGAGAUCCAGAAUCUGAAGCUCUUCCGGCAUCCGCACAUCAUUAAGCUUUAUCAGGUGAUCUCCACCCCAUCGGACAUCUUCAUGAUCAUGGAGUACGUGAGCGGCGGCGAACUGUUCGACUACAUCGUGAAACACGGCAAGCUGCAGGAGCAUCAGGCGCGCCGCUUCUUCCAGCAGAUCAUCUCGGGCGUGGAUUACUGUCACCGGCACAUGAUUGUGCACCGCGACCUGAAGCCGGAGAACCUCCUGCUCGACCACAACAUGCACGUGAAGAUCGCUGACUUUGGGCUAUCGAACAUGAUGCUGGACGGAGAGUUCCUGCGCACCUCGUGCGGCUCUCCCAACUAUGCGGCGCCCGAGGUCAUUUCGGGCAAGUUGUAUGCCGGUCCCGAGGUGGACAUCUGGUCGUGCGGCGUCAUUCUGUACGCCCUGCUCUGCGGCACGCUGCCCUUCGACGACGAGCACGUGCCGACGCUCUUCCGAAAGAUCAAAUCGGGCAUCUUCCCCAUACCGGAGUACCUCAACAAGCAGGUGGUCAAUCUGGUGUGCCAGAUGUUGCAGGUGGAUCCCCUCAAGCGGGCUAACAUCGAGGAGAUCAAGAAGCACGAGUGGUUCCAAAAGGAGCUGCCCGCCUACCUCUUCCCCUCGUCGAUUGAGCAAGACUCGAAUGUCAUUGACACCUAUGCCGUGGCCGAGGUCUGCACCAAGUUCGGGGUCAAGGAGCUCGAGGUGCACAACUCGCUGCUCAGCGGCGAUCCACACGACCAGCUGGCCAUCGCGUACCACCUGAUCAUCGACAACAAGCGCUUCGCUGACGACGCCGCCAACCAGAUCAACGAGAUCAAUAACUUCUUUGUGGCCGGGUCCCCGCCGCCGCCGCCAAUCGCCACCCAUGCAUCGCACGAGACCCCAGGACAAGCCUCCGGCCAGACGCCUCUGGCCACGGUAACUGUGGGCGGCGGAACGGCCGCCAGUUCGGGCAGCGCCACGCCUGUGCCACCCGGAGUGGCGCCGCCGAGCAGCAGCGUUCUGGCCGCCAUACGACCGCAUCCGGAGAGAAUCGCACCGAUGCGCGACCGCCAGCUGGCCAUGUCCGUGCAGAACUCGGGCGGCGCUGCCUUCCCCGAGAAGACGGCGCGCGGCGGUACACCCAUCAAGCGGGCCAAGUGGCAUUUGGGCAUACGAUCGCAGAGCAAGCCCAACGACAUAAUGCUGGAGGUGUACCGGGCCAUGAAGGCGCUCAACUACGAGUGGAAGAUCAUCAAUCCGUAUCAUGUCCGUGUGAGGCGGCAGAACGUGAAGACGGGCAAGUUCUCGAAGAUGUCGCUGCAGCUGUACCAAGUGGACGCCAAGAGCUAUCUGCUCGACUUCAAGUCCCUCACCAAUGAAGAGGUGGAGCAAGGGGACGACGUCAUCAUGGAGAGCCUCACACCGCCACCGCUUAGCGUGACCGGGUUGAUGCCGCUCCAGCCGACCGGCCACCAUACCAUGGAAUUCUUCGAGAUGUGCGCGGCGCUCAUUAUACAGCUGGCGCGCUGAGCCCCCGGAUCCACAUCGGUCCAUAGUCUACCCCCAAAUGACAACAGUAAAUGGCAUCUCCGCCGCGGGGCAGGGCUCUCCUCUCCCGGUGGCAUGACCAUAACUAAGAUUUAAACUAAAAGAACAGAAGAAUGUUUCGUAAUUGGAUGAUGCCAUUCAGGUCAUCCGACAAUCCGCUACCCGCUACCGUUAGCCGCGUAUCCGCUUGACCGCUUUGCUUUAACCGAAUCGACCCUAGUUUGUAGAUCUGUUCUGUUUCUAUUUUAUACACGUUGAGUUAUUAUUUUACACCCCUAAUUGUAUAUUGUAUCGUAUCGUAUGUUUCCGUAUACUCGUACUUCGUCUUCGUAUUUAUCCCCAAACGAAUCCGCGUCGCAUCGCACGGGAGUGCGCCAGAUGUCAGUUAUUAGUUUGUAGUCCACUACUCCGGAGGAGGCGGUUUAAUGUGUUUUGGGGCAGGCCAGUUCAGUUCCAUAAACUAUGUAUUCGUAUAAACAAAAGCCUUAAUAAAGCAACCAAAUAAACCAUUCUA